AUGGUGCGCCUCAGGGAGAUCCCGCGCACCGCGGCCUUCGCGUGGUCUGCCGAUGCCAAUGCACCUUGGAUAGCGACAGGAACAAAAUCUGGCGCUGUUUCAGUCGACUUCAGCAACCAGACCUGCCUGGAGCUCUGGGAUCUCGCCCUCGACAGCCUCCAGCAGGGUCAGGAAUUGCAGCCGGCCGUCACACUCCCGACAUCGUCAGGGUUCCACGACCUCGCUUGGACGCCGGCACAAGAAGGUCGCAAGAGAGGGAUUAUCGCAGGAGCUUUCGAGAGUGGAUCUCUCGGACUCUGGGAUGCGGACAAGCUCAUCAACGGUGCUUCUGAUUCAACCAUCUUCGACAAGCCCAUACACACAGACGCUAUCAAAGCACUACAGUUCAAUCCAAAGAUCCCAAACUUCCUCGCUACGGGAGGCGCCAAAGGAGAAUUGUUCAUCUCCGAUCUGAACCACCUCGAUUCACCUAUAAGACUAGGAAACCCUGCCGCUCGGGGAGACGACAUUGACUGCCUGGAUUGGAACAAGAAGGUCUCAAAUAUUCUGGCUACCGGGAGCAGUGGUGGCUUCGUGACAGUAUGGGACAUGAAGACGAGAAAGGAGAGCUUGACGCUCAACAACUAUCAACGAAAGCCAGCCAGUGCGGUUGCUUGGGACCCUGAGAAGCCCACACGAUUGAUUACAGCUGUGUCUCUAGAUCAAGAGCCGGUCAUUUUGGUUUGGGAUCUCAGAAAUUCGAAUGCUCCCGAAAAGGUGCUAAGGGGACACGACUCAGGAGUCUUGUCCGUUUCUUGGUGUCCUCAGGAUCAUGAUCUAUUGCUAUCCUGUGGCAAAGACAACCGGACGAUCUUGUGGAAUCCACAGUCCGGACAGGCGUACGGUGACUACCCUGUGGUGACGAAUUGGACAUUUCAAACUAGGUGGAAUCCGCACAACCCUAAUAUGUUCGCGACUGCUUCCUUCGACGGCAAGCUCCAAAUCCAGACCUUACAAAAUACAAACCCUAGCAACACCGAAGCCGACCAAGGUCAAGUUGGGGACGGAGAAGACUUUUUCUCGCGGGCCCAAACACAACCCCAAUCAUCGUCUUUCUCGCUACCCAAAGCGCCCAAGUGGCUCGAGCGGCCCGUCUCUGCCUCAUUUGGCUUCGGUGGCAGGAUCAUAAGUGUCCGCCAAGCAGAUCCAGGGAAAUCAAGGUCUUCAAAAGUUUGUAUCAGCAAGUUCGAGGUUGAUUCUUCUGUUGGAAGUGCGACUGAAACCUUUGAAAAUGCUCUCAAGACUGGGGAUCUCAGCUCAUUGUGCGAACAACGAGCCUCAGCAGCAAAGACGGAGGAAGAGAAAGCUGACUGGAAGGUUAUCGAGACUCUCGUGUCCAAAAACCCAAGAGAAGAACUUGUGAAGUAUCUUGGCCUUGCAGAGACUUCGGAAGAGGUCGCAAAUGGUGUCGAGGAAAGUCAAGAUACUGGGACAGAGUCUACGGAAGCACCAGUCAAUGGUACUGCCAAAUCUCAUAAGCGAUUUCAAUCUAUCUUUGCUAGCUCGGCAGAUGGUGAUUUUCUUUCAGAACUUGCAGCAACCAAGGGCACGAAGACUAACAAUCCUUUCCAAAUUUUCACUGGUUCAGAAUCACCAGCCGAUCUCAAGAUUACACGAGCAUUGAUCCUGGGUAAAUUCGAAAGAGCACUGGAUGUCUGCCUUCAAGAAGACAGAAUGUCUGACGCUUUCAUGAUCGCUAUCUGCGGGGGCGAGGCCUGCAUCAAGAAGGCCCAAGAAGCAUAUUUCGCAAAGCAAUCCGAUGGUCCCAACUACCUCAGAUUGCUGGCCUCUGUUGUCGGCAAGAAUCUAUGGGAUACUGUGCAUAAUGCCGAGUUGUCGAACUGGAAGGAGGUCAUGGCCACUCUUUGCACAUUUGCCGACGAGCAAGAAUUCCCUGAUCUUUGCGAAGCUCUUGGUGAUAGAAUUGAAGAGCAGUCCGAUGAUCUGUCGCCUGUCGCCCGGAAGGAUGCUUCGUUUUGCUUCUUGGCAGGCUCUAAGCUGGAGAAGGUGGUUGCCAUCUGGAUCAAAGAACUUAGAGAGCACGAGGAAAGCGGAGCCGCAGACUCAGACGCCACAUCGGCCUUCUCCCUUCACGCUCACGGCCUGCAGGAUUUCAUCGAGAAGGUGACAAUAUUCAGGAAGGUCGUUAACUUCAAGGACGAAGAAUUGGCCAAGCCAGGGGAUUGGAAACUUGAAGCGCUCUACAGCAAAUAUCUGGAAUACGCCGAUAUUGUGGCAAGCUCUGGCCAGCUGGAAGUUGCUCAAAGGUACUUGGAUCUACUCCCUUCAGCAUAUCCCGGUGCCGAUGUUGCGAGGACUCGACUGGAGAAGGCGAGGAAGAAGCCAGUGGCCCAGCCUGCCGCCACCACGGCAAAGAACAAGCCUCUCCCUGCGAUGUCUGCAUUCCAACCACCAACAUCCACCUUCACUUCUGCAACUCCUCCCGUGGCAACUUCAUACGGCAACGCUCAACCUCAACCUUCAAACCCGUAUGCUCCGCCGUCAGCUACCGCUGCACCUGCCAAUCCAUACGCUCCAGCUGGCGGCUAUCAGCCUCCCCAACAGAUGCGCGUGCCACCUGGUCCUCCUCAAUCUUAUGGUAUGCCACAGCCGCCUCCACUGCAACCCCCACCACGGUUUACUCAGUCUCCGUCAAUUCCACCACCGUCACAGAAUAAGAACAUGGCGAAUUGGAACGAUAUCCCGGAAGGCUUUGUGAGACCUCCACCAUCAAGAAAAUCCACCCCUAGCGUGCCGGUGCAGCCUGUGUCCAACCCAUACAGUCCAGCCCCUGCUCAGCAACCCUCGCCUCCUAUAGCAACCCCUUUUGGAUCGAGACCAAGUAAAUCGCCUCUACCCCCACCACCAAAGGGCUCAGCACCACCCCCCCGGGUGUCUUCACCUCUUACCGGUGGCCUGCCACAAACUCCGAUUGAGAGGCCAAGUUCCUCUGCCGGUAAUGCAUACGCACCCCCAGCCGUCACCUCGCCUCCAGUGGGACCGCGUAUAACGUCACCUCCCAUUCCCAGAGGCCCGUCGCCAUACAACGCACCACCCUCGCAUGGCCCUUCAGCUCCGAACCGCUAUGCUCCCGCUCCUGGCUCCCAACCGACAGCAGCCCCUAAUUCGCGACCUGCAAUCGCCCCACCGCCUCAAGGCUCGUCGUACACCACCCCACAGCCUCCAGCGAACCCGUAUGCACCGUCACAGGCACAGCCACAGGCUCGUCCAAGCCCUUACGGCCCUCCUCCAACUUCUCAAACCCCACAACAAACAUCAGCGCCACCCUUGCCUACGCCAUCGCAGCAGUUCAUCUCUAGCCCUCCGACGGGAGGUCCCCCACAGCAAGCCCAACGCCCGGGUUCUGGAGGGGCUGAGAAGCGUGCUGCUGCCCCUCCUCCAGCCCGCAAACAUCCCAAAGGUGACCGUAGCCAUAUCCCGUCCAAUGCACAACCAAUCUACGAGAUACUCACAGCAGAAAUGGCGCGUGUCAAGGCUCGAGCGCCGGCCAGCUUCGAGCCCCAAGUGCGUGACACCGAAAAGAGACUCGACAUCUUGUUUGAACACCUCAACAACGAAGAUCUGCUUAAGCCAGACACGGUGAAUCAGAUGGUACAGUUGGCAAGUGCCCUGCAGAGCCGCGACUUCCAGACAGCGAGCGACAUCCAGAUGGAUGUCCACACGAACAAGGUCGAAGAGUGCGGCAAUUGGAUGGUUGGCGUGAAGAGGUUGGUCGGUAUGUGUCGGGCCACCCCUUGA